AUGUUACAGAAUAAUAUGCCCCUGACAGUAACCCUUCCACAAGCAACUUUAGCACGUAUUGUUGGCUCCAAGAUUAAUCAUUUGACACCAGGUUGUACUGCACGAAAAGAUGCUAUAUUUCAAUUAGUCGACCAAGGGAAACAGACAAUGUGCUUUCAACAUGACAACACAUUUUUUGAACAUCCAUUCACUUUUUGUUCAAACAUCAACACAGCUAACGAUGAUCAGAAUGAAGUUUGGUUUAAUAUUGAUAAGAGUGGAAACUUAUCAGUUGAACUAUUCAUAAUCUUAAAACGUUUGCGAAACUUUAAUAGAGAUGAUAUGGAACGAUAUUAUAUAGCUAUUGAUCAAAAUAUUGGAUUAAACCAACAUUUUCCCGAUUUUUAUGAUAUUUAUCUACAAAUGUCUUGUUUUUGUAAUGGAAAUAAAGUCGAUGACGUAUGGUGCAAUUCUGAGAAACCUAUUUUACUUCCCCGACUAAUAUUAGAUGGUUGGAAUUUUGACAAUACAUAUUUAAGAUUCAGAUAUGAAACAGAGUUAAGAGAUGCGACGUUUCCUUGUAAGAUUAAGUUGCGAUAUGAUGAACACAAUCUUCGGUUGUAUAAGAUUGUUCUCUGUUUCGUAAGCAAUACAAUUCCAGCAAAAAUGGAUUUUUAUCCAAUUCGAUGGGUAAAAAAAACACAAGCCAGCUUAAUUUCUCAACAUGUGAUACCAGAUAUACAAUUAACAACAGAUUUAAUCACUCCCAGUCAUGAGGAAAGAAUUUUUAAUUUGAGUCACUCAACAGGAAUUUUAAUUGCCAACGUUGAAGGACAAGGUCGAACAUUCAGUCCACGAUUAAGUGAUAGAAAUGAAAAUGGCAGUAUUAAUGAAACAAGUAUUGUAAAAACUUGUGUAAGUCCAUCAAUAAUUGUCAAUCGUCCACCACCAAAUGAAAGAUGGGGCGCUACAACUGGACAAUAUAUAGUGGAUUUAGCAUUCGAGAAGUUAUUGAAUUCUAAUACAGCCGUAAGCACAUCUAACGUAGUACGAUUAUUUGACAAUAUUGAUAAACGGCAAUCUGUAAUGGCAGAAAAAGAUCAGCAUUGUAAUCAUUUGCUUAAAUUUGCAAUUCCUAUCAUACCAGAACACGAUGGGAAACGAGUAUAUCUAAGAAUGAGGCAUAGUACUACAAAAGAUUAUAAUCCGAGUGAACCAGCUUUGACUGAAGAAGUUGUUACAUACAAAUGUAAUAUUCCGACUAUCAGUCCUUUGAAUCGAUUUACGCCUGAGAUGACUGACAAGUUUACGCCCGAGAUGACUGACAGUAAGUAUGAGGGAGUUAUGGCUUUUUAUAUGAAAACACCACCAUUCUGUAAUUGA